AUGGCAGGAAGCCAAUCAGAAGCUCGCCGCCAAGCGGCGCUCGUAAACCAGAGGAAGGAAAUGAUGGAGGAAUUUGAUAGGCAAAAAGACGCGAUGUUAAAGGAAACCGAAAAAUCACUUCCUGGCACAAACCGUUUUGUUGGUCGAAAUGAUUCUAUGGAAGAAUCCUUGAAAAAAUCGACUAUUGGCUUGGUCAGGCUCGAAGACUUCCAAAAUAAGCGGAAGGAACUAGAAGAGGCCAAGGCCCGAGAGGCAGCUCAGACCAACGAGUUAAAGGAUGAGAAGGUUAAACAGAAGAAGAGAAAGAAGAUUACCAAGUCCAAAUUGUCUUUCGCACUGGAUGAUGAAGAAGGGGAAGGGGAUAUAGAUGAUAAAAAAGGGAAGGAUGCAACCGAGGAACCACCGAUCAAACGAAACAAGACGAAUAAAAACCCGGCCGUCGAUACGUCGUUUUUGCCAGAUCGUGAACGCGAGGAACAGGAAAGGCGGACGCGCGAGGAACUGCGCAAAGAAUGGUUGCGCAAACAAGAGGAGCUCAAGCAAGAAGAGAUUGAAGUUACUUAUUCCUACUGGGAUGGCAGUGGUCAUCGGAAGAGUGUGAUGUGCAAGAAGGGGGACGAUAUUGCCAGUUUCCUAGAAAAAUGUCGACAGCAAUUUCCAGAACUUCGUGGCGUAAGCGUAGACAACCUCAUGUACAUUAAGGAGGAUCUCAUUAUUCCCCAUCACUACACGUUCUACGACUUCAUUGUCAACAAAGCUCGUGGCAAAUCCGGCCCACUGUUUAACUUUGACGUUCACGACGACGUUCGAAUGCUAGCAGAUGCAACCAUCGAAAAAGAUGAGUCACAUGCAGGCAAGGUAGUGGAGAGAAGCUGGUAUCAGAGGUCAAAGCAUAUCUUCCCUGCAUCUCGCUGGGAAGUUUUCGACCCGGAGAAAAACUACGGGAAAUAUACUAUUGCGUAG